UAACAUGACAGAUUUGAAGUGUAUGUAUUGCAUAACCCACAGAAACAGUCUUGUGAAAAUUUAGUGAUAAACUAUAGAUAUGUUGAAGUUCCUGAAAGCCAGAGAAAAUGGUAUCGAUGACCCUGUUAUCUUGAGACGUACAGAAUCAACAAAGCGAGCGUACUCAUUAGAACUGAGCAAACACAGGGACGUGGAAUCUGUGUUUUAUGGUGGAAUUAAUUCACUUGAUAUAGAUCCAGUUGAAGCUAGAUAUUUGCUGUCAGGGACAGUUGCUGGAACCAUUCAUAUACAUGAUCUAACAAACCACUCUGGUCAGGUGAAGCACACCACCAAAGCAAUUUGCAACAUCAGUCGCUCUAGUCCAUAUAAACACAAACAUAGUGUGGAAACUGUCCAGUGGUACCCUUUGGACAGUGGAAUGUUUCUUUCAAGUGGAACAGACAAGGCUCUUAAAAUAUGGGACACCAAUAGUAUGAAGCCAGCAGAUGAGUAUGAGUUCAGUGGUAUCGUGUACAGUCAUCACAUGUCUCCUGUAGCUACAUCACACUGUUUAGUGGCUGUGGGGUGUCACAGUUCUACCCUGAAGUUAGUGGACCUGAAGUCUGGAUCUGCAACACACAUGCUCAAGGGCCAUAAAAAGUCAAUCCUGGCAGUAAAAUGGUCAACCAAAAAUGAAUUCCUUCUGGCAUCAGGCAGUGAAGACAACAGGGUACAUUUAUGGGAUAUUAGAAGUUCAAAGGGUUCAUUAAUGAGUCUAGACCAAUUCAAUGGACAGGAAGUUCCAACUUUACUUAGUGCUUGCACGGCACACAGUGGCUAUGUAAAUGGCAUGUCCUUUACAAUGGAUGGACUCUAUUUGGUGACAUCUGGUACAGACAACAGAAUAAGACUAUGGAACAUUGAUACAGGAAGAAACACCUUAGUAAAUUUUGGAAAAAUUCAGAACGAGACAAGAAAAUCCUUACAAUUUGCAGUUUCUUGCUGGUGUAAAUCAGAUUUGAUUUACAUUCCGGAUGAGUACUGUAACAUACAGGUGUACGAGAUGUUUACAGGAAGGAAAAUUGACACACUCCGUGGACAUCUUCAACAGGCCAACUGCUGUGUGUUCCAUCCGGAUUAUCAGGAGUUGUACAGUGGAGGAAACGAUCGUAAUGUCCUGGUAUGGGAGCCGGAAUCAGAUGGAGCUUUUGACAACCAUCUUAAGGAACACAGUUCUAAGAAGCAAACUAACACCAGAAAUUUUGUGAGUAGAAUAGCAGCUACUGCUGAUGCAUGGAGUAGUGAUGAAGAAACUUGAAAGUAGAAAGUAAGAGUAAAAUUGUGAAGAUAUUUCAUAUAAGGCAGCCCCAAGCCUUUGCACAGUAAGAAAUCUAAGUCUUUCCAUGGACAAAAUGGAAUAUAAGAGAAAUUAGAUUCAACAGGAAGACACUGAGCUCAGACAUUUCAGUUGACAAGUUUCCAUUGGACUACGAAGUUCUACAGAGAAUUUUUUUUUUAAUAUUUUUAAAAAUGAAUACUCUGUAACAUCACAAAACUGUUUGUGUAGAUAUUGUUGUGCCAUAUUCAUGAUAUUAAACCAAU